CCCGUUUGCAGGCAAGGAGUUUUCAGGCAAUCCCAUCAAGGUCUCGUUCGCCACCCGACGCGCCGACUUCACCCGGGGCGGCGGCCGCGGCCGGGGCCGGGGAGGCCCCAUGGGCCGGGGCGGGUUCGGCUCCGGCUCCGGCGGCCGCGGCGGCUUCACGGGAGGGGGAGGGGCCCAGCAGAGAGCGGGGGACUGGAAAUGCCCCAACCCGGCGUGCGAGAACAUGAACUUCUCGUGGCGGAACGAGUGCAACCAAUGCAAGGCGCCCAAACCCGAGGGGGGGCCCGGGGGGCCUCACCUGGGCGGGGGCGGGGCCGGAAAAUACCCCGGGGGCGGCCGAGGAGGAGGAGGAGGAGGAGGAGGAGGAGGAGGAGGAAACCACAUGGGUAAGGAACAGCUAAAAUACACCAAAAUACACACAAAAUAUACACAAAACACACCUAAAAAUGCACCGAAAAUAUACACAAAAUAUACACAAAAUAUACACAAAAUACCCCGGGGGCGGCCGAGGAGGAGGAGGAGGAGGAGGAGGAGGAGGAGGAGGAAACCACAUGGGUGGGGGGUUCGAGGACCGGCGCGGCGGCCGCGGGGGCUUUGACCGGGGAGGGUUCCGGGGCACACCUGUACACACCCAUACACACCUGUACACACAAUUACACACAAUUACA